GCAGAAAAUAAUAAACACGGCAUCACGUAACCUUCGGGCCGGUAUGAACCUUUAAAAUUCCACGGUUAAUUAUUGAAUGUCGUGAACAAGUGAACCGCCGUCCUCCAGAAAUCUGGGCGCGUUUCUCAGCCCAUGAAACGAAUUAUGGGCAUGCAAAAUUCGAAGAGAUGGCGCUACGAAAGCUCAUCCACCGAAUAUUUCUUCGCAGACAGGACACAGACGAUGACAUAAUAUCGAAAAAAUCGUUGCAGACGGUGAAGCAAAUCAUCAACUUCCUGAAAGAACAUGCCAGAGAGGAAGGUUUAUUCCGACGUGCAGGCCGUCGUGAUCUCAGAAGAAGGAUCUUAAAUUCUUUGAAGAAAGGAGAGAAACCUCAUUUAGGGAACAAUGACGCGGCUUUGGAAUGCGCAGCAGCGUUACAACUUUUUUUAUGUCAUUUAAAGAAACCCGUCAUGCCCCAGCACGUCCAGCAGCUUCUUCUGGCUGAUAAUCCCGGAGUGACCGCCCACAUGAUCGCCAGAGACGCCCUAGGAUUGAUACGACAGGAUGUUGGUGGUCGUCAUGGAGAGCUAUUGGCUGGUCUUCUUGAUUUACUGAGACACUUGACCCUUUCUGGUCCUCCAUCCGAGAGAUCAGAGCUUCGUGGUUCACCGCUUCCGAUUGCACUGCUUCCAGUUUUCUUCACUUUAACGCCGGCUGAUCUGGUAAAAUGGAAGCAAGUGGCCGCCAGAUUCAGCGAAUUAAUUACCGAGGCCCCUGAGCAACUGCAGCUGAAUGAAAAUCGAUUGUACGAAAUAGAAUCAACGAGGCUAUCCAUUGGGAACGCGGGCAACGUAAGAAAUAGAAACUUUCUCACGGCGUAGAAAAGAUUAACCGUUCCGGAUAUUGUUUUUCGAAAAACAAUUUUUCUUCAUCCGCCACUCGUAUUUGUUCGCGAUGAAAAAUUGAUUAUUUGAAAAAAAAAAAAGAGAGAGAGAAAAGAAUUUUUCCGUGAGAGAUUGAAUCUUUAUUUUUCUUUUUUUUAAUGAAAAGAAAAUUGUAAAAUUAUAAAGGUAAGAGAAACAAAAGAAUAUGAAACGGAAUAUCUUUUAUGGAUUCUUUUAGUGGAGCCAAUGGUGAUGUUAAUUUUAUGAAUGUAUAUAUAUAUAUUUUUAUGUGGUGUGUGUGUAUAGAUUUCAUUUAACUUAUAAAUAUAGUUUCUAAAAUGAAUUUGAAUAUGAUAUACAUAUAUAUUUAGGACAAUUUAAAAUAUUUUUCAAUAUUAUUAUCAUCUUGAAUCGAUAUUCAUAAGUGUAUUUUAAAUAUAUAUAAUAAAAAGAUAAUUUUGUUUUUAAUA